AAAAUGGAUCAGAACGACUCCGAAUUUUCGAAAAACUACCAAAAAUCGCUCUUUACCGACAACGCAGAAACCGCAAGUCAGCGUGCUGGUAUCCAACGAAAAUGCCUAACCCAAAUGUACAACUUUUCAUUAUCCAAACUAGACGACGCCAGCAGCUGCCACCUCCUCGAAAAAAACCUUCACAAAUACUACGCCACCCUCGACGAAGACCCCACAAAAAGCACCUUCUUGUAUAACGACAAAAUCAAGACAAUCCUCGAAAAACACAACAUCCGGACACCCGUCCCUCUGAAAACUAACAUCGAAAACGUCGACCUUAAAUCCAUGCUCAAGCGAUUACCGUGCUAUCAAAGCAGCGACUUCACCUGCACGACAACAGAAGCCGCCUUGAAGACAGAUUUCGACACUUUUGUUGACGCUUUCAAGAAAAAGAAACCAGAAAGAGCUGUUAAUCAACCACGAAAAGUAUGUGAGCUAAAGCCACUAUCGCGUUCAAACUCAGACGACAGCCCCCAAACCGCGUCUUUCAAGACCGCCAGAGACGAACUCCAAGCACAAAACGCCAAGAAAAACGCUGGCACGAAACGCAAACUCGGAAUCCGUAGAAACGUCAACAGUAAAUUCGUGCCCCCUUUACUAUCCAACAGCAGUGAAGAGGCUUCAAAAAGCGAAGAAUGGCCCGCGGAAGUCGACGAUCGUUUAAAAAACAUUGACCCAAAAAUGGUCGAGUUGAUAAAAUCGGAGAUCAUGGACGUGGGGGCGACGAUUGAGUGGAACGACAUUGCUGGAUUGGAAUUCGCGAAAAGCGCGAUUCAGGAGGCUGUGGUGUGGCCUAUGCUGCGACCUGACAUUUUCACGGGGUUGCGCCGCCCCCCGAAAGGCAUUCUGUUGUUUGGGCCCCCAGGAACCGGGAAAACUCUAAUCGGGAAAUGCGUGGCGUCCCAAAGCAAGUCCACCUUUUUCAGUAUUAGUGCAUCUUCGUUGACUUCCAAAUGGGUCGGUGAUGGGGAGAAAAUGGUGCGGGCUUUGUUUGCAGUGGCCAGGUGUCACCAACCGGCGGUUAUUUUCAUCGAUGAGAUUGAUUCUUUGUUGUGUCAGCGGAGCGAAAGCGAACAUGAGAGUUCGAGGAGGAUUAAAACCGAGUUUUUGGUGCAGCUGGAUGGGGCUACCACUGACAGCGAAGAGCGGCUGUUAUUAAUUGGGGCCACGAAUAGGCCGCAGGAGUUGGAUGAAGCCGCUAGAAGGAGGUUUGUGAAAAGGCUCUACAUACCUUUGCCGGAUUUUGAAGCUCGAUUUCAACUAGUCAGUCGAUUGAUAGUUAAAGAGAGACACGAUUUAAACACUGAGGAUUUGAAAAGGGUCGCGGAGUUGUCUGACGGGUAUUCCGGGGCUGAUAUUCGCUGUUUGUGUUCGGAAGCGGCUUUAGGCCCCAUCAGGUCGAUCCACAUGAGUAUGAUCGAAAAGAUUCAAGCUGACGAGGUCCGAGCGCUCAGUAUGGACGAUUUUCACAAAGCUUUCAUGAGGGUAAGGUCGAGCGUCGCUCCUAAGGAUUUAGAACAGUACCUGGUAUGGGAUAAGACUUACGGUUCAGGUUUAUAA